AUGAUGAUCAUCCGGACAUUGUUCCGGGCAGAAUUAGCAACUGAUUAUGUACCAAGACAAAAAUGGCUACAAGAACAGCAAGCGGAAAAUUCUCGCCAAAUAACUGAACUUAGCCAAAUGCUCAACGAAUAUGAAAGAAAGCAAACUCAAUACCAGCAAACUUUACAAGAAGAAUUAAACAAACUUCAAAAUUCCCCAAAAAAUACUAAAAUAAAAGGUUUAGAAGCAAAAAUAAAGGAAUCACAAGAAGAAACUGAGCGUAUUCGCCAACAAAUUCAAGAACUUGAAGCAAACUAUCAAGAAAAAUUAACCCAAUUAGACCAAGAAUUCGCUGAAUCAAGCGAACUAACGAACGAAAUUUCCUUCAGUGAUAAUCAACUUGGUCAGUGUGCUAGUUGUGAUAAAAAAUUACAAGAAGGCGAACAAUAUUUUUACUAUCCCCAAGACCCGGAAAAGAGAGCCAUUUGUACUACUUGUAAACCUCAAGUAGACAAUGCUAUUUGA